AGAGAAGGAGAGUCAGAGAGCGAGGUGCCGUCACACACUCCGGUCGCACGCUUCUGUUUCCUUCUCUCUCACUCUCUCACUAACUCCCACACACGCCACACGCCUCCUCACACUACCUCCGCCCCGCCCCGCCCCCGCCUGCCCUCCGGAACCAUGAAGACCUCGCUGUUACUGGUCCUUGGGCUCCUUUGCCUAGCCGUGGCUAAACCCCACAAUGAGGGGAAGAGGAACCACCAGCCGAAGAGGACACGGGAACACAAACUAACGAACCGGAUGGAACAUGACCACCAUCGCCGUGAGCACGUGCAGCCCCACAAGACGGACGCCCAUCACGGAAAGAAAGCUCAGGCCCGCCGCCCCGCCGCCCCUGCCAACCCCGCCCAGGGACAGCACGAGAUCAAGAAGGACCUCCACCUGCAGCACAUCACCGAGCACAACAUCGAGAAGAAGCACGACGACAAGCAGUGGGUGAGGGAGGCCACCACAGCAGGGAAACACCACCUGCUGACUAACCGCGUGCCAAGUGGUGACAAUACCCACUUACUGACCAACCGCACCCCGCAGGUCCCCUCCUCUUCCUCCUCCUCCUCCUCUUCCUCCGCCUCCUCCUCCCCUGCCCCCUCCUCCACCACCCCCGGCUCCCCAAACAAUAGUGACAACAAUAACAACACGAAGACAAAGGUGGACGGCAUCCCAAUGGAGUCUGAGCAUCUUAUCCACGUCACCCCACGUCCCUCAAAGGCCCACAAGGUAAACAAACCCCUGCACCACCCUGCCUCCCCUGUCGCAGCCCAGCCCUCACCUGCUGCCCAGCUUGGAGCCCCUGCCAACAAGGGAAAGGCCCACAAAGCCCCCAAGAAGUUUAGCCCCAAGAAACAUGGGUGGAAGAAGAACAUGCGCAAGGAGAAGGCCAAGGACAAGGUGAAGGAGAAGAGGGAGAGGAGGGAAAAGAGGAAUAAGGCUCUCCACCGUGCCAUCGCAGCCAGGCAACUCUAAGGCCCAGGUUCUCAUGGUGAAUAAUGGUGGUGAUGGUGGUGAGUGUUUUGGAGUUGUGAUGGUGUUGUACGUGGUGAUGGAUUGCUAUUUAUUUUGAGAUGACUUGUGUAUUUAGACGUUUUUGUGACUGCCAUUACACACACACACACACACACACACACACACACACACACACACACACAUGCAUACAUAUACACAGGAUUUAAUUGGUUUAUUUUUUGUUAAAAAAAAAAAAAGUGUUCUCGUACAAAAUAUAAGUUAUCACCAAAAGUCAAGGCAACAUCACAAAAGACAGUAUUAACUUUGCCAACAGUAUUAAUAUGAUUGCUCAUCAUUUACACACACACACACACACACACACACACACACACACACACACACACACACACACACACACACAAGCUUAUUACCAAUACUUGGGUACUUUUAAAAACAAAGUUAGAAGACUGUCUAGAAAUAAUCUAUAUAGUACAUACAUAUUACCCUGUGUUUUAUAGAAGGAAGAACAGUAUUACCAAUAAUUUCUCAUAUGCUAAAAGUACAGGAGCAAUUUGCUGAUUUACUUCACCUAUAGAAUUAAACAAGAGAAUCAUUCCCCGCCAGUCAGCUAUGCAUCAACACAAUCACGAACCGAGGCUGCGAAUGGUACACCUCAACUUACCAAUACACUAGAGGAAGCAUAACGCACUUUUAUAUGUAUACAAAUACACACACGUAAAACUCCUGUAUAAUCGAUAUUUAUAUUCUCCUACAAACCUAACCUUGCAUACAUAAGCGAGUAAGUACGUAGCAUUCCAAGUAACUACUAAAUAUGUGAUUAAUGGCUAAUAACUACUUACACUAAUUAUAUAUAUUACUAUUCCAUUAUCCCCGCCAAACCAGUAUGCUUUUUUUUUCUCAAUAAAUAUAUGAUAGACAGGAAUUAGAGUGAAUGAGAGAGAGGAAGAAAUAAAAGUACUGUAGUUAUGUACUGUACACCAGCCAUAGUACCGCUAAUCAUGAAUUACUGUAUUUCAAAUCUCUCAGCGGUAAUCUUUAGGGUAGGGAUGAGAGAGAGAGAGAGAGAGAGAGAGAGAGAGAGAGAGAGAGAGAGAGAGAGAGAGAGAGAGAGAGAGAGAGAGAGAGAGAGAGAGAGAGAGAGAGAGAGAGAGAGAGA